GUUGACUGAAAAGCCUCUCGCCAUGUCACAAAAGACUUUGCUCAGUUUCUUCAAGCCAAAAGCAGCUUCGCCACAAACUAUAGACACCGAUCAGAAUCAAUCCUCAACAGGGUCAUCUAUUUCAACUAAACGAAAAGGCAAUAGAGAGAGGAAUGAAUACGAUUCACAAGGUGGUAGAGAUUCGAAGCGGCGCAAAGAUACUAUUAAGGGGACAAUACAGGACGAGCCUUUGUUCCCGUCCGGGUUCACGAGUGACAUGCAACAUUAUGAUCAUAUGUCGCCGCCACGUCAACCUUCGGGAUCCAUACCUCAAGCAGGGUCGAAUAUCAGCAGCGAAGAGGCUCCUUUAGGAGAAAAAGUAGGAAAGAAAGUUUUCAAUAAGGAUCUGUCAAAGUUUGAAUACCAUGAGACUACCAUGAAUGUUAAUGAGGAGGAUGAAAGGGGAUCAUAUGAUGCUGUAGCCCAGCAGGCAAAGGACGAGAGACGAGAACGGUUUUUGAAAAAGCUGGGCAACUUCGAAAAAUCACAUCCGAGCUUGGAUGAAAAAGCGCACGAGCCUACCAGGAGAAGGCAUCGGUUGAUUAUAGCAGAGAGUGAUGAAGAAGGAGACCAAAAAAUCUUAGUGAGCUCAUCGCCACAGCAACCACAGAUCCAACAACAUGUGCCCAUAAAUCCAAACCGAUCCGUAAGUUCUAAAAAGUCCACCAAAAGUAUUUACACACCUCUCGAAAAGCAGUUUGUUGAGAUUAAAGAUCAACAUCCGGAUGCAAUCCUUUGUAUUGAGGUUGGAUACAAGUUUCGUUUCUUUGGAGAAGACGCAGAGAUUGCCUCAAAGGAACUUGGGAUCGCACACUUCAUGGACCAUAAUUUUUACACUGCAAGUAUACCUACCCAUCGAUUGGAUGUUCAUGUACGGCGGCUGGUUCAUGCAGGCUACAAAGUGGGCGUGGUGCGCCAAAUGGAAACAGCGGCUCUUAAGUCUGCUGGCGACAAUAAGAGUGCACCUUUUACCCGAAAACUCACUAAUUUGUAUACAAGAGCAACAUUUCUAGAGAGCUUAGAUCGGGACGAAGAGCAGUUUAAUGGGAGUUUUGUUGGUAGAGGCACCGUAUCUCAGUAUCUUAUGUGUUUAUAUGAAGAACCUCAGGGCGGUAACGGUGCAGAUGAAAAGGUCAGGAUUGCAAUGCUUGCUGUACAACCCUCAACAGGAGACAUCAUUUAUGAUGAAUUUUUGGAUGGCCACUUUAGGAAUGAACUUGAGACUCGGUUGCUUCAUAUUCAACCCUCGGAGCUAAUUAUUCCAAUGGAAUCAAUGAGUAAAGCAACAGAGAAGCUUCUCGGUUACCUCACAGGUUCAUCACAGCGUCGGAUAGGGACGACAAGGAACCAAGACGAUGUUCGGGUUGAGAGAACGCAGGGAUUUGUCAAAUACGACAAAGCGUUUUCAACGGUAUCUGAGUUUUAUUCCUUAAAUCUGAAAGAUGAACAAUCAAAAAUUGGACACCAAGGGUCGACCAGAAAGAGUCAGAUGGAAACGAUACUCAAAACAGUCUUGGGGCUCCCGCGAAACCUUAUAAUCGCAUUGUCUGCAAUGAUUACUCAUCUAGCAGAGUUUGGACUAGCUCCUGUUUUUCGGCUAUCCAAGUAUUUUGAAUGCUUCACCUCAAGGUCGCAUAUGCUUCUUAAUGGAAAUACAAUUGCCAACCUCGAAAUAUAUCGAAAUCAAACAGACUGGUCAACACGAGGAUCCCUUUUUGCAAUCAUGGACCACACUUAUACGGGGUUCGGGCGACGGCUACUCAAAAAAUGGAUUGGUAAACCGCUAACUAAUAGAGAGCCGCUUCAGGAAAGAGUUGAUGCUGUAGAAGAGAUACUGGCUUCCGCAGGAAAAAACCCGUACCUGGAGGAUGCAAAAAUCAUGCUCAAAGGUCUCAUGGAUUUGGAAAAGGGUGUCUGCCGCAUCCAUUAUGGCAAGUCGUCACCAAAAGAAUUUUUAGCGAUUAUUCAGACGUUCAUGAAGGUCGCAGAAGUGAUUCCUCCAAGCCAACGAUCAAAAUCACCUGCAGACUUUAAUUUGACAAGUCCGAUGUUGAGAAACUUGAUUGGAUCAUUGGCGAAUGCUGCUGAGGACAGUCAAUAUUUUUUAAAUGCUUUAAAUGUGGAGGCAGCUAGGAAAAAUGAUAAACUUUUAAUGUUCCAAGAUGAGGUGAUAGCGGAGAAGUGGCCAGAUAUACAGGAGCAUAGGAACAACAUUGUUACAACCGAAGGAGAUUUAGCGAUCCAUUUGAAUACUAUCCGAAAGCAAUUGCGAGAACCAAAACUUGAAUUUACUUCUUGUUCAGGCAUCGAUUAUUUAGUUGAAGUCAAGAACAAGGACGUGGCCAAAGUGCCAAAAUCUUGGGUCAAAAUUAGUGGGACAAAGCAAGUUUCUCGGUUCCAUACGCCUGAGACAAUCCAAUUAAUUCAGGAGAAGGCACAGCAUCAAGAGAGGCUGAUUCUUACCUGCGAUCAGGCUUUUAUGGCUUUUCAACAAGAGUUUUCAGAGCGUUAUGAGGUGUUCCGCGAUUUGGUUCAGAAUUUGGCGAUAUUGGAUUGUUUAUUCUCAUUGGCUGUUGUGGCCUGCCUUCCUGGUUACGUAAAACCAGAGUACGUAGACGACAGCCUUCCUGAUGAUGCUCAAGACAAUGACGCUCAUAGUAGUCCUCAGCGUAUGGAUGUUGAUACUGAUGAUUUUACAGGAUCAACUUUGGACUUACAAUUACAGUCUCCGAAGAGACGCGCCACAAAAGCAACAAUUGACAUCAAGAAUGGGCGCCAUCCUAUGGUGGAACAAAUGCUACCCUUUGGGACUUUUGUACCCAACGAUAUCCAUUUUGGCAGGAAUCCAUCUAGUGGGGUCGAUCAAAAGGCAAUGAUCCUCACAGGACCGAAUAUGGGCGGUAAGAGUUGCUAUAUCCGACAAGUGGCGCUUUUAUGCAUUAUGGCCCAGAUCGGAUCAUACUUGCCAGCAGAUUCUGCGCGUGUUUCGCUACUAGAUGCAGUGUUUACGAGAAUGGGUGCGUCUGACAACAUUUUUGGUCACGAAAGUACAUUCAUGGUUGAGCUACAGGAAACAUCCGAUAUCCUUAAGAUGGCGACGCCUCGAUCGUUGGUGAUUUUGGAUGAACUCGGACGAGGGACAUCAACGUUAGAUGGAGUUGCGAUUGCUUAUGCAGUUUUGAAGCAUGUAGUCAGCCAUGUAGGGUCCAUUACGUUGUUUGUGACUCAUUAUCCAUCUCUUGCAGAUGUGGCCACUGAGUUUGCGGAGGGCACUGUUAGGAACUAUCAUAUGGGAUUCAUGGCAUCGGCUAGCGGUGCUGCUUCUGGCUCCUGUACCGCCACAGAGACAGAUUUGGCAGAAGAAGGAAUAGCUUCGGAAUCAAGUGCAGCUUUGGAUGACAUGGAUAUUGUCUUUUUAUACAAACUGGUUCCUGGGGUGUCAUUAAAGAGCUAUGGAUUAAACGUAGCUCGAAUGGCCAAAUUACCCUUUUCACUAAUCAAGAAAGCCAAAGUCAAGUCAAAGGAGUUGGAAGCGAUUUUAGAGGAUCGAGUCAAGUCCAGACAACGACAACGAGAGCAAAAAGAGCAUGGAUCUGCCAAUGAUCAGGAUGUUCAACAACGCUUGUUGUCUCGGUUACAAGAGAUUAUUCAGUGCAAAACAAAUGACCGAGCAAUAGAGCUGUUGGAACGGCUUACUGUUGCAUGCACUGCAUCACAAGAAUAAUCUAAUGAAGUAUUUAGUUUGUUUUAUUUUGAAUAAAUUGG